AUGGUAGACCCCGAAAGUGGUGACGUCAUGGGUAUCAGGUCCGUCCGCACCAUGUUUAAAGGUGAUGCCUUUGAUCUGGCGAGUAUUAAAGACGCGGCAAUGAGGAAGGAGUCUGAAUUUUUCGAGGCUAUGAAUAAGGAAGUCAACGUUUUUGAGACGUACGGUAUUGAUGAGUUGAUACAAUUUCUAGGACUUGGUGUUUCCGCAAAAUACCGACGUAGGGGCUUCGGGACGACUCUGAUGCAGGCAGGGGUCAAACUUGCUUCAAACCUUGGUAUUGAACCAAUAUAUAUUAAAGGGGAAGCUUCCUCGAACUAUUCGCAACGAAUAUACGAGAAGUUAGGGUUCAAGACUCUUUUUACGAAGAAGUUUGAGGAUUACAAAGUGGACGGUGAAGUCGUGUUUAAAAACACUGGUGAGCAUAAGAACACCAAAGGUUACCUGGUAUCAAUAUAG